AUGAAGGAUGUUGUCACCAUCUUCAAGUCCUCGAAGCGGACCGUCACUCGCCUUUGGGCUGCAGCCAAGAAACAACAAAACAAAGCCUCGAGUGGUAUAGCUUCAUUAUUACUCCCUAAAGGCAGAACUGCACACUCGAGAUUUGGUAUACCGUUAGAUUGUGAUGAGAACUCCACAUGCCACAAGAUCAAGCCAGACAGCAAUUUCACUAGACUCCUCAAGAAGACAAAGCUCAUUAUUUGGGAUGAAGCACCUAUGACGCACAAAUACUGCUUUGAAGCGCUGGAUAGGAGCUUGAAGAAUGGAAGAACGUAUGGAUCUGAUGCUGAAGACAUUAAGAAAUUUGCACAAUUGAUACUUAGUAUAAGGGAUGGUGCAACUGGUGAGAGUAUUGGUGAUGGAGAAGUCGAUUUGAGGUUACCGGACGAUAUGAUAAUACGAGAUUCAAAUAAUCCUAUAUCAUCCAUAGUGAAAAGUACUUAUCCAGGCGUACUGCAUACCGUGUCAGAUCUAGAAUAUUUUAAGGAUAGAGCUAUCCUGGCCCCUACCAAUAAUAUGGUUUAUUCGAUUAAUGAAUAUGUCAUGUCCUUGAUGCCUGCCAAAGAAAGGGUAUACCUUAGCUCGGAUAACAUUUGCAAAGAUGAUGGAGAAGUUGACCUCAAUGAUGAAGUCUUUUCAGUUGAGUAUCUCAACACGAUCAAGUGUUUGGGAUUGCCAAGUCAUGAAAUCAAAUUGAAGGAGGGGUGCAUUAUCAUACUUCUCAUAAAUAUAGAUUCUUCAAAUGAGCUUUGCAAUGACACAAGGAUGAUAGUCACUAAACUUGGGGCUCGCGUGAUUGAAGCCAAGUUGAUUUCAGGUAAUAAUACAGGCAAAAAGUUUCUCAUUGCAAGAAUGAUCAUGAGCCCCUAG